AUGGCACUCUCAGAGAGAGAUGAUCUUUCUUAUGAGGAUCGAAGUUUGGAUCCCGUUGACGUUGAAAAGCGGCAACCUAUUGUCACGCUAAACGAAGAGAAUCUACCAGAUUUGAUGGAGACCCUUCGCGAAACCAUCAAAGAGCACGAGUUGGAUCCCAAUUUCCCGCCUGAGAUUCUCAACUCGGCACGUGCCGCUCUACGACAAUCGCCGGAAAAACUCCAGGCAGAUGAUCUUCACUCUAUCGUGGCACAGAUACAAGUCGAGCGUGAUCUCUUGCUGAAUGACUCGCCUUAUGCCGAAGUUCGCGCCGUCGUCGACAAUACAGACGAUCCCUCCACGCCAGUCAAUACUUUCCGAGCUUGGUUCCUUGGUAUUCUGUUCACAAUCUUGGGAACCGGAAUCGAUCAAUUCUUCUCUUUGCGCUACCCUGGAAUCUAUCUCUAUACCGUUGUUGCACAACUGCUCUCAUACCCAUGUGGUCUAUUCCUUGCCCGAGUUUUACCCACCACUACUUUCACCAUUUUUGGGAAGAACUGCAGCUUCAAUCCAGGCCCUUUCAACCAGAAGGAACAUAUGCUUAUCUCUAUCAUGUCAAAUGUUGCAUACGGCGGUCUCAAUGGAACUGCCUAUGUGACUUACAUCUUCCAAGUUUUGAAACUGGAUAUGUUCUAUGGAAUGAAGGAGCUCGCCGACAGUGCAGGGUUCCAAAUCCUACUCACACUCUCAACCCAAUUGAUAGGGUAUGGAUGUGCCGGCAUCGCCCGCCGGUUUCUGGUGUACCCUCCUGUCAUGAUGUGGCCGCAAAACCUCGCCCAGAUUGCUUUGAACCGAGCUUUACACAACGAAGGCAACUCAGGCUCGGCGAACGGGUGGUCAAUCUCUCGCUACCGGUUCUUUCUCUAUUGCUUUGGUGGAAUGUUCUUCUACUUCUGGUUUCCAGACUACAUCUUCCAAGCCAUGUCGUAUUUCAACUGGAUGACUUGGAUUGCACCGCAAAAUGUCAAGCUUGCCAUCAUAACCGGAUCGAUUGGAGGAAUGGGCUUCAAUCCUCUUCCAACCUUUGAUUGGAAUAUUGUGUCCUACCUGUUCGACCCUAUUGUCACCCCGUUCUUCUCUUUGUUGAAUAACAUCCUCGGAAUGGCGUUUAUUGGCAUAGUAAUCAUUUUGCCAGUUUACUUCCUCAAUGCGUGGAACACUGCCUAUCUGCCAAUCAACAGCAACGACAUCUUCGACAACACUGGAAAUGACUACAACGUUAGUCGAAUUCUCACGCCAGAGUUCACUCUCGAUGUCGAAGCUUAUGAAGCUUACAGCCCAGCGUACCUCGGAGCUGCCAAUGCAGUCCUCUACUCGGCCUUCUUUGCGAUCUACCUGGCAACAAUUGUGUAUGCAGCACUCUAUCAUCGAAGGGAGAUCAUUAGCGGCUUCCGUGCUGUUAUCAAGUGGACAAAUGCCAGGGAUGAGUACAAUGAUGUUCACAACCGUCUCAUGCGCCAAUACAAAGAAGCACCGGAGUGGUGGUAUCUAUCCAUUCUUGCUAUUGCCUUCGCUAUGGGCUGUAUCUGUUGCAAAGUCUACGACACUGGUAUGCCUAUAUGGGGAAUCGUCAUUGGCUUGCUGCUUUGUCUUUUCUUACAGAUCCCCAUUGGCAUAAUCAUGGGCGUCACAAACGUUGAGGUCACCAACAAUGUCAUCGCUGAAUUCAUUGGCGGCUACGCUGUGCCAAAUAACCCUGUUGGAAAUAUGAUAUUCAAGUCCUAUGGCUACAUCGCGACGGCUCAAUCGAUACAAUUUGUGGCUGAUCUCAAAUUGGGUCAUUACAUGAAGAUCCCCCCGCGUACCAUGUUCGUUGCGCAGACAAUCGCCACUAUCCUCGCCGGCUUUGUUGCGAUCGGGGUCAAUGCUUGGCAGCUUUCUAACAUCGAUGAUGUCUGCUCUGCUCAUCAAUCUGCAAGCUUUACAUGUCCUGGCUCGCACACCUUUUUCACGGCCUCUGUUAUCUGGGGAGUCAUCGGCCCAGCGCGCAUCUAUGGUGAUAGUGGAAUCUACCAUCCUCUAGAAUGGGGCUUCUUGGUGGGAGCUUUACUUCCUAUUCCCUUCUAUUUCCUGGCCAAGCGCUAUCCCAAUUCCUGGAUUCGUUAUAUCCACAUCCCAAUCGUGCUGAACGGUGCUCUUUCAUGGGCCCCGUAUAACUUCACCUAUGCUUGGCCAGCCCUUGUUGUUGGAUUCGGUGUCAACUUCUACGUGAGGCGCCACUACGAAGCAUGGUGGCAGAAGUAUGCGUAUGUUCUGACCUCGUCAUUCUCUUGUGGUAUUGGUAUCGCAGGGCUUGUCAUUUUCUUUGCGGUACAAUUCAAGGCUGUCAACAUUGACUGGUGGGGAAACAAUGUGCCGUACAUCGGCUGUGACAAUGAUGGCUGUCCACUUUUACCAAUCCCUGAGAUUGGGCAUUUCUAG